GUUGCCAUGGAGCCGACUUUGUUUCCUUCUAACGGCCCGCACAGAAAAGUGAAAAGCCCGGGAGGAAAAGCGGGUACAGACGGGACCCUCGUCUCUGACCGUCGCUGGGUUUGUGGACCACAGCAGCAAGUGUCUGUCAAACAAGGAGAGCCCGUGUAACCCGUGCGUGUCUGCGGGCAGAAGCAUUCAGUGAGUCCACAAUGAGCAGCGGAGUGGCAGAGGGCCGCCUGCAGACCCUGCAGAUCUACCGCCUGCUUCAGAUGGUCCAUAAAGGGGAUAAGGCACAGAUAGAGAAGAUGGUGCAGCUCGGGGCGGAAGACCUCAUCAGUCUCACGGAGCCGAAGGACGGCGUGGGGGUGCUCCACGCGGCAGUUUCAGCCAACAAUCUAGAGCUCGUCGCCUUCCUCCUCUCCAAGGGAGCAGAUCCUAACGUGCAGGACAAAAGGGGCCGCGCUCCGAUUAUGUUAGCUGCUGAGCUGGGCAACGAUCCCAUUGUGUCUCUUUUGGCCCACAGCGAAGCCGACCUGAGGCUCCUGGACGUAGAGGGCAAAAACGUGCUGUUCUACUGCAUCUACCCCACCAAACGCCACUGCCGCUGCCUGCAGGUGUUGCUUAAGUGCGGUGCCGACGCCAACAGCGUGUCAGUGCAGGGGAUGCAUGUCUUUCAGCUGAUGUGUGAAAAGGCCCAGGAGUGCACCCCCCUGUGCCUCAUUAUGCUGAAUGCCGGGGCAGACCCCAACGCAGCGCACCAGAAAACUGGAGUCACAGCGUUGAUGGAGGCGGUCAAAGCAGGGUCCCUGCCGCUCGUUAGAGCUAUAAUCAGGAUGGGCGGAGACCCCAACGCCUUUGACAGAAAGCGGCUCACCGCCGUCCACUGCGCUGCCAUGGGAGGCUUUUUUGAGGUGCUUCAGCUGCUGUCGGCAUACUCAGCAGACAUGAGUGCGAUGAGCCUUAAGGACUGCACAGCCUUACACUACGCGGCUGCCUCGGGCAACGCAAACUGCUGCAAGUUCCUGGCACAGAGAGGUUGUAACCCUAAACUGAAGAACCGGGAAGGUGUGCUGCCGCAUCAAAUCGCCAAAGAUUCCGGUCACAACGCAGUAGCCAAGGAGCUCCGGAAGGCGGAGAGGAAGCAGGGAAAAGGCGGCGAUCCCAGCGGCACUGGGCAGAUGUCAGAGCUCUGGGCGCUGACUCUCCACGACUGGUCUCAAGAGUAUGAAGCUGAGCUGUGGAAAGCCUUUGGCGACAAAUCAGACACAGUUACUGCAGAGAGGUUUAUCUCUGUGUUAGAGGAGCUACAAGCUCCAGUUGAACCAGACCAGGUCCAAGCAGUCAUCUCAGCCCACGGAGGAGACGUCAACAUCAGCGACUUCAUCAGAGGAGUCAAGUACAUCAAGAAGCCGUUCCGCCUCUCCUCGUAUAUGCCCAAGAAGAAAAAGGGGGGAAAGGGAAAAAAAGGGGGCAAGAAGAAGAAGAAGGGUCCGUUUGUUCUCCCCAUGCCCAUUUGCACCCUCCCACCGGAGCUGAAGCCCCGCCGAGCAGACGGAGGCCCACCCGGCUUCAUGAUCCGCUCAUACUUUAACUCCUCGGACGUCCUCCGAUUCGACCGGGCUCACCCGCCAGUGCAUCCGGUGAUGAACGACUCAGGAUGGUACAUACACAAGCCACCGCCGGUCUACGUCAACGUGAACGCCUGCGUGAGAACCAAUGAUCUGGAGUCUCUGGACCAGGCCUUCAGUGAAGGGGUGCCGGUGGAUGUUCAGGACGAGUUUUACAAGACGCCGCUGAUGGUGGCGUGCUCCACUGGCAGCUACGAGAUGGCUCAGUACCUCCUCAGCAAGGGGGCUGAUGUGAAUGUGUGUGACCAGUUCUUCUGGACCCCCCUCCACCAUGCGGCGUACGCCGGGCAGCGGGAACUCAUUGAACUUCUGGUGAAUGCCGGCGCUAACAUCGAUGCCCCGGCCCUGGGCGGAGCCACGCCCCUCAUGAGGGCCAUCGAGANGUCUCGAGUCUCCUGUGUGGAUUUCCUCAUCGAGGCGGGUGCCAGCGUGCUUGCAGUGAACAAGAAAGAGCAAAGCUGCCUCGAUGUUGCCACAGAUUUUGCAGACCCUGUAAUAAUCGACUUGGUCAAACAAAAGAUGGAUUCUCUGCCUAAACCAAAGGACAAAGCCAAAGGAAAGGAGGCCGGAGCUAAAAAGCCUAAAGCGACUAAAGACAAGGUUGCUUCUGCAAAAGUCGCUGUGCAAGCAGAGACAUCGUCGGCAGCAGCAGAGAAGACUCCGCCCCAGAAGGAUUCAAAUAGUGUCGUCCUGCAGAACGCCAGCAUCACGACUGGGAAAACCAACAUCGUGGACAUCACCUUUGUGCCAAAGACGGUUUGGGGGAAGCCGCCCACCAGCAGCCAGCUGAUGUCAAAGAUAGAGAGAAGGAAUAAGCACCCAUCCCUCGAGGUGGACUUUGACGACCUCCUGAUGCCUUUCAGCCACGACCUCCAGGGCACGAUGCUGGAGCUGACAGGCAGCGCAGAGUAACAGGCAGCGAGGUCACACAGAGGCGGACAUCUUGGACUGAAACUGGCCACUUAUCAUAAUUGUGGAUGUUUCAUCUUUUCCACAUGGCUUCUUUUUUCUUGUUGGACAUCGUGCUUUGAAUAACGUUUCCUUCCAUCGCAUCAGGUUCCUGCUGCUCUCAUCAUGGCUCUGUGCCCGUGACAGACGUGCUCACAAGUUUCCAGGUUGUGCGUCUCUAAUCAUCGAUGUUAUAACUCAGGAUUGCCUUAAGAGUAUUUUUUUCUUUUUUAAGGAGGCACAAGCAUCCACUUGGACUCAACGAUGAACCGAUUGGACAUAAUCAAUUUAUUUUUAUUGUUUCCUUUUGGGGAAAUUAGUCUCGGGCACAUUUAUCACAGCCAGGUGAUUAAACGCAGACAGCACAGUAACGUGGCAAAGAACAAAGGGCUUGUGGCCCCGAUAAACUACAUUUUAACUCAGGAAGCACUGCAGCAACAUGGUGUAUGGACAUUAUAUCCACAGGGUCAAAGGUCAGCUGCACUGUCAAAUGAUAAUGUUGUUUGACAGCAUGACUCAGAAGGAUGAACUGUGAGCAUCCUGGUGUUUGGCUGCAGUGUUGUUGAACACUACGCAUCAUCAUCACUGCUUCUUCUGCUGUCAUGGCAACAACUCUAGAUUUCAUGAGAUGAACUUUACGGGCCAAAUGUGAUCAGUUAUUUUAAAAAACUGUUUAUUUGUUUAUUUCAUGAAACAACAUUUAUUUUGCUUUUUCUUAGUUUUGCUCAUAUUUAUGCUGCUGUAACGGCUCAAUGUGGUCGUCUCUGACACAGCGUGACGGGAACGAUGGGUUGUCAAACCUAAGGCCUGGGGGCCAGAAUCAGCCUGGCAAAACCCCCUACUCGGCCCACUGGAUGUUUGUGGACUUUUAACUGUAUUUUCAUCAAACCUACAGCUGUCCUACUAAUAAAGACUCCCUCACAGCUGUUCAUAACACAAUAAUGAAGAUAAACAAUUAAAAAACAGAAAAGUUCCUGUUUUCUCUCU